AUGCCCCGCCUGGUCUGGCUCGUCUGCGGCCUGGCGCUGCUCGCCAGGGUGAACGCAGAGGAGGGCAGCACCGAGGGGAACGAAGGCACUGGAGAUCCUGAAAAUCCCUGCAAUCUUGCCGACUGCAUGCCAUACACCAUCUGCGAAGUGGAGAAUAAUGAAGCCGUGUGCAAGCCCACACCCUGCUACAAGCAUGCCUGCGGCGACGACGAGUUUUGCGUCGUCGAGAAUGAUGAGCCGCUUUGCCUCACCGACUGUGCCCUCGUGAAGUGUGCCGAGGGCACCGAAUGUGUGGCGACCCGGAACGGUGCGGAGUGUCUGCCCAACCCCUGCGCCGCUAUUCUCUGCCAGGACAACCAGGUCUGCGCUAUGAACGAGGCCGGCGAGGGCGUGUGCAUGGAUGUGGAGACAAUGGUCGGGCCCAUCCCCGAGAACGAGGCUUACAACCCGUGCGCGGCCACCACGUGCAUGCGGGGCUGGAGCUGCGUGCCAGUGGACGGCAAGGGCAUGUGCAUCAAAGAAAAGUACAACCCAUGCGCAGCCACCACCUGCCUGAUCGGCUACAAGUGUGUGCCAAAGGGCGGCAAGGGCAAGUGUGUGAAGGAUAAGACCUACAAUCCUUGCGCGGCAACCACCUGCUUGAUCGGCUACACGUGUGUGCCUGAGGGCGAUGUCGGCAAGUGCAUUAGUGCAUGUGCUGCCGUCAGGUGCCGCUCCGGCUUCAAGUGUGUACUGAGCUCGAGGGGCCGCGCCAAGUGUACCCGGCGGCCUAAGCCCGUCAACCCCUGCAAGGGAAAGAAGUGCAGGAAGGCCUUCAAGUGCAUCGCCAAGGGGAAGAAGGCCAAGUGCGUCAGCAAGUGCGUGGGCGUGAAGUGCCUCAGCAAGCGCAAGCCGCGCUGCAUCGUGAGCAGGAAGGGCCAGCCCGUGUGUGUCAGGCCCAAGUCUCGCAGUAUGCUCACUUUGCACUACUACCCGUGA